CCAGAGAGGAAGCUCCCAAGAACACAGCGUGCCAGCCAGCCAUCACAGAUGGUGAUUGACCACAUCUUGUGCUUGAGGCAGCUGCCAGAGGACACUUUGGAGGCUCCAUAUUUUUCAGUCAUUGGAGGUUGGAGCUCACAGAGAGAACAAGUUUGAGCACUGAGCGGGAGGAGUGAAACCAAGAAUUGAUGAAUUGAUGCAGAGGGAAGUAAGCAGAACUGGGAGAGCGAUUUAUGCAAUAAUACCCACGACAACAGCAAUAACAGCAGCAACAGAGACAAAGAGCUUGAAAGGAUUCAAGCAUUCUGCUCAAUUCAGUGUCCAAAUGCAGUUCCAGAGGAUGAAUAAUGGAACCUGCUUCCCACUUCCAGACAGACAGACUUAACACCAAGCAGCUGGAGAAGGAGAAACCUAAAACCUCCAGCAGGUUUUGAUUGGAUUCUGGGAGGCUGCAGGGAUCCCGGCUUCUCUCCUGGCCCCAACACCAGUCUGCCUGGCCCAGCUGCGGAAGGCCAAGGGAUAGGAUGUGCAGCCGGGGCCAAGGGCAGCCCACGCAGAUGAGGCGAUCAGGGUAGAAGAAGUUCGCCCGGGCCCACGGCGUCCCCCUUACCCCCUUGCUUCUGCUCCCCCCCGUCUGGGUCGGGGCCAUCAUCUGGAGUGUCGCCCCUCUCCGUCAGCAGGGGCUUUAUGCCUGCUCCCGAGGGGACCGUAGCCAUGUAAACGAAGCCCUUUGCUUCUUGGCAUCCCGGCCACUGGGGGGAAGAGGCUGCCUUCGCUGACCGCCUGGACCCAGCUGACCAACAUGUCCCGUGGUGGAUACCUAAGUCUUUAUCUCUGUUUUUUCCUUGCCACCAUCCGGGGGGGUGAGGGUCUGGAGGCCCACACCAAAGAGUGUGCCAUCACAGGGAGCCUCCGAGAAAAGCUGCAGUACAAGAAUCGGCUCCGGUUUAUGAAACACUAUUUCCCCAUUGAUUACAGGAUCAGCGUGCCCUACGAAGACGUGCUCAGAUUGGCCAACAUCAGCAGGCUGCAACAGGCGGAGGUGAGUCAGCCAAAUCUGCGGUACCUGUGGGCCUCGGUGAACUGUAACAUUAUGGAAAUCGUCCAGAACGUCUUACUGAAAGAUCACCCGUCGUGGACCUAUAUUCAGGAGAUAUAUGAGCUUCUGCUCUACGUCCGGGAAAUCACAAUGGACCUUCAGGUGGACCCAAAGGUGGAGACAAUCCUGACUCUCGCGAACUCAGGCAGGGACCGAAAGCUGGUGAAGCCGAAGGCACUUCUUGACAAUUGCUACAAAGUUAUGGACCUCCUCUACUGCUUGUGCUGUAAGGAGAGCAACAUUCGGAAUUGGGAAGACUGCGUGGUCCCGCAAGCUCAGCCUCACAGCCGGCCCCCACCUCCACAGUGUUCAGGCCCCGCCACUCUGCUCUACCAUUCUACGAAAGCCCAAACAGCCCUGGUGGGGGAGAGAGAGCUGAGACCCCUCCGGGUGGAGGCUGACCCUUCAGGGAAGGCAAAGCUGGGGGAAGAGCGCUUUAUACCCUGAGCAAGCCCUUCGACCCUUGACUCUGCUCUGGAGCCCAGUGGGGCUGCUUGGGCCCAGCCUCUCAAGCGUCUCAGGUCUGCGAUUCUCCCCUCGGCAUUUGGGAGGGAGGCCCUUGGAGACCCCUCUGCCCCCAUUCCCAUCUGGGGAGGAGUCUCGUGUGGAGCAGCUCAGAGAAGACCCUCUUCCUUUGGAGGAAAUCUUGUGCUGAAGAAGAGCUCAGCCGGCUUCCCCCUCAAUUCUCCCCACAGUCUUGUCUCUCUCUUUUUCCUUUUGCCUCAGAAGCCCUUAGUGACUGGAGCUCCCGUGGGUUCGGGCGGGCAGGGCAGAGGCCUUUCCCAUUUGUCUGCUUUAGCCCUUGUCCCCAUGGUUGGAAGUUGAUCCCAGGCCCCUGCCAGUGCAGAAUAAAGAGAUGAGGGGCUCCUCGUACCAGGAGAGCCAAGUCAGACCCCAGCGGAAGGGGGCAGCUUCCUCCAGGAAUGACUGUAUAGUCAGUGGGAAUAAAGCUGGGGUGGCUGAUGAGGGAGCAGCCUGAGCUUCAGAUUAGGUCCCCUGAGAGACAGCUGUCCCUGCCAUUUGCCUCCAUUCCGAGAAAAGAAGAGGUCAAAAGAGGGAAGGGAAUGGCGUAAAAGUGCUUUGAGCUCCUCAGAGCCAAGGAACACUGGGGAAAUCUGGGGCUCUUGCAGAGCCGGAAGGGGAGAAGAGCCAGCCUUCUGCAGUGAUCCACUAGCAAGUUCUGUUGAUCUUGUGGCCGGGGGCUAUUCUGGGAGAGCCGGGAGGUACCUGGGAAGGGGAAGAACCAGUGCUGGAGGAUGCCCCCGUGCAGCUCAGAGGAUGUCUUCCAGAGAAGGAAAACCACAUUCUAUAGAGUGAAGGGAGCACUAGGGUUCCAAAGAAGCUUGUUGGGCCUUUGAUGCAGGCCCGUCUAAAGCCCUUUGGCCUGGGUUGAAGGGUAGAAGGAAUGGAGAAGUGCUGGGGGCCCCACCCUUUUUUAGAGUCCCAUCCCCUGAAGACCUUUCCCAGGAGGCCCCGGGAAUAGCAGCUUAUUAGCUUCUGGAGCUGCUGCUCCCCUUGGCCACCAGGAUCCGUUAGGAUUCUGGGGGAGGGUGCAUUUCGGGGGGGGGGGAGUGGGCAAUGGAGCGAGGGGCUGCAUUCAUUGGAGACAACAGCUGGGGACUGGGAAGGAGGAACGGGGUGUAUUAAAAUGCUGUGUCUUGCCAUGCUGAUUCUUUUCCAUUUCUUUAAUUUUUUUUCUAUUAAAUACUUGUUUUUCAUUUGA